AUGCCCCCACAGGACUCCGCGGUCAUGGCCGGAACUCUGACCCAGCACGGCUCCCCGAGCCCCGGCUACACCUCCAACAGCGCGGUGCCGCUGCCGGCCAUCACGCAGACCAACUCCAGGGACAAGUGGAGCAAAAAGAUGGACUUCCUCUUGUCUGUCGUGGGCUUUGCUGUGGACCUCGGAAAUGUUUGGAGGUUUCCUUAUAUUUGCUAUCAAAACGGAGGCGGGGCUUUCCUUAUUCCUUACAUCCUCAUGGCCAUCUUCGGAGGAAUUCCACUCUUUUACAUGGAACUGGCACUCGGACAGUUCCACAGAACCGGAGCCAUAUCAAUAUGGAAACACAUUUGUCCAAUUUUCAAAGGAAUCGGCUAUGCCAUCUGCAUUAUCGCACUCUAUGUGUCCUUCUACUACAACACCAUCAUCGCCUGGGCCCUCUUCUACUUCUACUCCUCCUUCUCCACCAUCUUACCCUGGACCAACUGUGACAACGUCUGGAACACCCCUGACUGCACCAACUACUUCGGCAUGGACAACGUGACUUGGACCAAUUCCUCCAAAUCUCCAGCAGAGGAAUUUUACACGAGGAAUGUUCUUGAGAUCCACAAGUCAUCCGGGCUGAGAAACGUUGGCGGUGUUCGCUGGCAGCUGAUGCUCUGCCUCUUUCUCAUUUUCACCAUAGUUUACUUCAGCCUCUGGAAGGGGGUGAAGACUUCAGGCAAGGUAGUGUGGGUUACCGCCACGCUGCCCUACGUUGUGCUUCUGAUCCUCUUGGUCCGAGGAGCCACCCUGCCAGGAGCCUGGAGAGGAGUGGAGUUCUACCUGAAGCCUCAGUGGGAGAAGCUGCUGGAGACCAGUGUGUGGGUGGAUGCUGCAGCUCAGAUCUUCUUCUCUUUAGGUCCAGGCUUCGGGGUCCUCCUGGCCUUGUCCAGCUACAACCCUUUUAACAACAACUGCUAUCGUGAUGCCAUCGUGACCAGCCUGGUGAACUGUCUGACCAGCUUUGUGUCGGGGUUCGUCAUCUUCACGGUGCUGGGCUACAUGGCAGAGAUGAGGAAGGUCCGGGUGGAGGAUGUAGCCAAAGAUAAAGGGCCAAGUCUGCUCUUCAUCACCUACCCAGAAGCCAUCGCCAACAUGAUGGGCUCCACCUUCUUUGCCAUCAUAUUCUUUGCAAUGAUGAUCACCCUGGGACUGGAUAGCACGUUCGGGGGUCUGGAGGCGAUCAUCACAGCCGUGUUGGACGAAUAUCCAGAUCAAUUAGCCCACAGACGUGAGCUGUUCGUCUUGUGUCUGGUGCUCGUGUGCUUCUUGGGCUCUCUCAGCACCCUAACAAACGGCGGAGCUUACGUGGUGAAACUUCUGGAGGAAUUUGGGGUGGGCAGCUCCAUCAUCGCUGUGGGAUUUCUGGAGGCCAUUGCUGUGUCUUGGUUUUAUGGGAUAAACAGAUUUAGCAACGACGUCCAAGCCAUGCUGGGGAAAGCUCCGGGACUUUUUUGGAAAGUUUGCUGGGUGGUCAUCAGUCCGGCAUUUCUGGCGUAUAUCAUCGUGAGCUCCAUGCUGAAGGCGCCGCCGCUCUCCUUGUUUGACUAUCAGUACCCGGACUGGAGCAUCACUGUGGGAUACAUCGUGGGCUUCUCCUCUUUCAUGUGGAUCCCCAUCUACAUGGUCUACAAGCUGGUGUGGACGCCAGGCUCUCUAAAACAAAGGCUGGCUGUGUGCUUGAGACCAGAGAGGACGCUUCCUGACAUCCCGGCUGACGGACUCAACAUGCCCAUUAUUCCAUAGAAGCACGAAGCUCGACAGGUUUCCUGAGGAAAAGUCACAUUAAUGGAAUUGUAUUAGAAUAGAAAAUAUGGUAAUGUGAAGGCCAUAUAUACUGACACAAUACCUCAAGUGGCGCGGCUUGUCAAAAUUAUUGUUUCCAACUUUCUCAUCGGAGCAGUGCCAUCACCGUUGUCAUAUUGAUGGUCUUCACAGAACUCGGCUUCUGAGGUCAUUUGUUAACAUGCACCGCCAGUUCAGUUGCAUGGGACAUAUUCUGACGUGAGUCUAUGUAUUUUGUGUGCAUGUGAACAGCCUCAUAAUUUAGCUCACAUUCGUGGGGAUCUUUCCGCGACAGUUUUAAGUUUUCACUCUGUUUACAACCAGCUCCGUGGCACUUUGUACAAAUGUUGUGUGUGUUUUGUUAAUGUUACACUGUAAGGAACACUGGGACUCGACUGUUUCCCCUCUUUUCUUAUCGCUGUCGUUUACAUUACCAUCAUCUGUUCUGCAGACCUGCUUACAAAUGAACUGGAGCCGCUGAAGACUUCUGCCAAAAUAUUUCUCCCUCAUUUGUUAUGGAUAUACAGGAAAUGAGGCACUUAAGCUUAAAACGUAUCCUAUUUUCACGUGGAUGAGGCUAAAACUGAGCAGUCUGUAAACAGUCUUCUAUGUCGUCUGCUUACUUUGCCUUAAUUAUUCUCAACAUGUACCAGAUCUGUAAACGUCGUCUCGAUAUUGUGUUCUCUCUGAAUAUAAAGACUGUUCAAAGUUUUCUCCAGAUAUAUACACAGUAAUGGUCGUGUAUUGCAACUUUCACUUCAAGAUAUGGGCCAUGUGUUGAGCAAGUGAUUGUUGCUGUGUGUAUCUUGUACUCAUAAGAUAUUCGAACAUGAA